CGCGCACCUGUCCGCUGCCGCUCCACACCCCUGUCGCCGGCGCCGAUGGACCCGCCUAGGUGCGCCCAGCCGGGAGGUGCCAGGACGCGCCAGGUCCCGGCUGGCAGGGGAGUGUCGGUGACGCCCCGCGCCUUCCCGCUCUGGUCCCGGUGGGGGAGGUGCUGCGGCCCGGGGCUGCCCAGAAGGCAUCCAUGAGGUCCCCCUAGAAGAGAUGCUGCGGCCCCGCAGGGCACGCUCGUGGGGACAGGACCUUGGACAAAGUUGCAGUUGUACUUCGGCAGUCUCCUUACUUCCUGACGUGCGGUUCCUUCUCCGCCUCCCUCGCCAGCAUCCCUCGUUCUAGGUCAAGGCUUCCGGAAGUUCUGAUGCUCAAAAGGCGCGGAGCCAAGACUGCAGACCUGUUUCGGUUCAAAGGUUCCCAGGCCGUCCCCUGCACCCCGGGCGCGGGCAGUGGCUCUCGCCCUUCUCGGCGCGACACUGCUGUCCCCUAGUGGUGCCGACGGGGAAUGCAUCCUGGGAGACUGCGAACUGGCCACUGCCUGGUGGGUCGGGAGCCCCUAACGUUUUCGUCUCUGUUUUGUGAAAGGGUGUCCAGUCACGCCCUCCCGGCAGAACCCUCCCUCCCUAGACCUUCUCGACUCCCAAGCAAAUAUCAGAUUAAAAUUACACCGGCUCCAUUGUCCCUUUGCACUCCUCGCUCAGUGACUUCAGCCAUAGUGGCCUGGCUGGUCCUGAAUCAAUCGUUCAUACACGCCUCCUAUAGCUACCCUCCCUACCCGCUGCAGACACCUGAUCUCAUUUCCCUGAGGGCUGCAGUCAAAGGCGAAGGCGGCUGAUAAAAUUUCCUGUUCGUGAGCCAUCAUGGUUUUAAAAUAUGGGAAACCAGCACAGCCAUCAUUUUUACCGUUUGUAAUCCUAAACCAGUGAUAUAUGUUACUUUGUGUUUUGUAGACGUCGCUGUUUUUUUUGUUUUUGUUUUUCCCCCCUGAGGCAGGGUCUCUCUCUGUGUAGCCUUAGCUGUCCUGGACUCGCUUCGUAGACCAGGCUGGCCUCGUACUCACAGAGAUCCGCCUGCCUCGGGACUCCCAAGUCUUGGGAUUGCAGGCAUGCACCACUGAACCCGGAUAUAGACACGUCACUAUUAUCAGUAUGUUAUUGAUACUCAAAACUUGCUCAUCACCUUCAACAUAGGAGAAAAUCUGUAUUAGAUUUAGAACCCAGCCCAAUCACCCGUUUUCACAUAUCCUGUACCCAAGCAAAAAGAUGUGGGGGUUCAGCAUCGAUCCCAGGGCAGGAUAACCCCAGCCUCUCUUUCCCGUUUUUUCCCCUCUUGGAAUCAUUUGCUGGCGUAUUUUCACCACCUGUCUUAUCCCAUCCUAGAGACAACAUUGCUUAGCAAAUACUCCGGCCCUACCUUUCCCAUCCUUCCUGUAGCUGGGUGGGCUACACCGAUAAUUACAGUUAGUAGCACAUGAGCAAGGCUAAGAGGGUUCCGCUCCCAGUCCAGAGCAUUUAAUCGCCAGUGUGUGGCACAAGACCCCCUUCUCCUGCGGCCGCAACUGGCUUUGUUUCAGGUGGCACCUGUAGGGACCUGGUGGAGGAGAACUCUCCGCUAACCAGUGCUGGGCGUGAAUGUGAAGGAAAGAAUGGGGUUAUGAAACUGAGGUUCCAGGAUGGCGACUGAGAUGAUGGAAUCCAAACAAACUGUCACCCUCAGCAUUUCCCACUGACACCAAGAGGCUGAUUUGAUGGUGCUGUGAGACUCUCUCCUGUCUCCUGGAGAGGAGGUCCUUGUCAUGGCUUCCCAUGUGACACCAGAACUGGUAGAGAAGAGUGUUUUGAUGGACAUGAAGCCCUUGUCCCGUUCCCUGUGUUAGGCACUUUUCCUUUCUGUGACAAAUGUUUAUGAGAAACAGGGUUUUCUGCCUCUUUUUUUUUUUUUUUUUCACUCCCCCUCCCCCAACUUGGCUCAUGAUUUCAAAGGUUUCCAGGCACGGUUGGCUGGCUGCAUCAUUUUGGGGCUUGUGCUGCAUGGUUGGUGAGGCUUAGCACCAGGUUGCUUCUCGGAGACCAGGAAACAGGUAGACCAGGAGGAGGACAGGGCCGGGAUAGACGUAAGGACACUACCCCGCUACUGCCCGUUGGGUCCUACUUCCCCGUGAUGGACCAGCCUGACUCCAUCUUAAGAUUAAAAGCCAUCUUCUUACAAGGUCACCCCUGGUUUCUGUAAAACCUGGAUGUGACCAUCUCUUGACACCUGUUCUGCACCCGUGGACCCUGACCCUGAUAAGAUGUUCUGCCAAAAAAUUCUGAAAUGUUUCUCCAAGUUCUUAUGAAACCAACAACCCUUGGGGGAGGGGGGAAGAAACCAAAAAAAAAACCCUGGUCUUGACGUUUUGGAGUGUAUAUAAACCCCACCUUCUCCUGUUUUCAAUGCUAUUUUCUCAAACUCUGAUUUAGAGAGAGAACCCCGCCUGACAGAAAAGAAAGUUUGCAUAAUUGGACCAAAAGAUUUUGGGUGAUGGUCUUUUCCUCUUGGUCAGUGGGAUUACCACUGAGGUUUCCAGCACCAGCGUCUAGGCCGGUGAACCACGGGGACUGUCUGCAGUCACCAAUGUGACUGGAUUUGUGAAGGGUGAAUCAUUUGCCUUUUGAGUUCAGGCUUUCGACUUUCUGGGGACACCGUUCAGCUUUUAUUUUAUAGUCAUGGGUUUGCCUGCACGUUUGUCUGUGAAACCGCAUGUGCCCGCAGAAGGCAGGAGAAGGUAUCAAACCCUCUGGGAUCGGGACUGCGGACAGCGGUGAGCCGCGCUGUGGGUGCUGGGAAUCAACUGAAGGUCCUCUGGAAGGGCGGCCGGUGCUCUUAGCUGCUGAGCCAACCCUCCAGCCCACGUGUCCUGUGUUGGAUGUGUAGUUCUGGAAACCGGCCGGUGCCCGAGUUCUGUGGUGACAUCACAGUCCUCAGGAAGGUUCUGAAGUUCCCUCAGCUGCCUGAGUCAGCCAUGCUGGCCACUCUGUGGCUGGUUAGUCUUUCCCUUCCCUUGCUGCGGGCCCAGAGACUAAUCAACUGUCCCUACAAGAACGUGUGCCAGCUCGCCCUGCUCUCGGGCAAUGACGUGAUCCUGCAGUGUAACUACCACAAAGCACAGUGGUAUUUCUCUUCGGCUGUGGAGGACGGCGCGUCCCUUCUCCACGCCAUGCCCAAUGUGAAGAUGCUGCCAGAGAGCAACCUGCAGCUGUCCAACCCUCAGCCCUUCCAGACCGGCCUCUACCGCUGCCUGGACGACCAGAGGACGCGCGUGGUGGAGUACGAGAUCGACUUUCAGGACAUAGGCCUGCUGCACAUCACGCACAAAGACCUGGGCCAGGAGCCCAUGGGGAACGAGACUGCGAACCUGGAAGGCAAGGUCGUCAUUUUCACCCGCUGGGACCCUUGGCAGGACUGUAGCCGCUGCGGCAAUCCCGGCGAGCGCAAGCGGCUGGGCUACUGCUACAUGGAGACGCUCCUGGAGAAACCCACGCCCUGCUGGCUCUACCUGAGGAAAGAGAAGCUGCUCCUCCGCCGCCUGCGGCCCGAACUCCAGGUCCAGGCCUGCCAGGUGCCCUGCCAGAGCGCCACGGAAACCAGUCAGCCCUACUUCGUGUUUGACACUCACCAGCUGGACAAAGCCAACCAGCACGCCUGGCUCAUCUGCCCCCUGGCUUCCAUUUACAGGCCCGUCCACUGGGAGGCCAACAACACGGCUCUGACUUGGCACGACCAGCUGGCCGCCGGCGAGUACAGCAGCACCAUCCUGGACCUCCACAGCGGCGGCCAGAAGCUGCAGGUCUUCCAGCCAGCCAUUUACAGAUGCUUCGUGCAACAGGAGCUCGUGGCCCAGUUCAACCCCACGGCCUCUGUGGAUCAGCUGGAGGCCGAGAGACAGCCCAGAGCCCAGUGGCUGUGGCAGUCCAGGGCCCAGCCGGGCAAGGCAGACUCCGUGCUCAGGGGCUUGAAGCUGCUGCUGCUGGUUGUCUUUGUGCUGGCCGUGGGGGGGCUUCUCCGUAAGGUGGUCUUCCGUCCUCCCCGGGGCAAGAAGAAUCAGGUCCUCCUGGUGAAAUAAACUGAGCCCCUCUGUGUCCAAGGGAACCGGUCUCUCCGCUGCUCUGCCCCUUAGCUCUCCAUUAGCUUUAGCCAUCCGUGGGAGCCCCACACUUGGCCUUUGGAGGCGUGAGAGCCAACACCGACCCGGGCUAAAAUCCACUGGCCACUUGGCUCUUUGUUCUCUGCCCUACACGGCUAAUCUGUUGGUCACCCAUUGCGCAGAUAAGGAAGCUAAGGCAAGACUGUCCAACCGCUGGAGAAUUGGGACUCUGGGGUUCCUCUGAGGAGGGGGAGGGGAGGAGGGAACCUUCUCGGGGGUGCGCCGUGUGACUUUCUCUGGGGAAGUGUGAAGAAACAUCUUUUCAUCCCGGACUGGACACUCCCGACGGACUAAAGGAAUGGCUCUACCUCAGGCUGAGCUGGUGAACCAGUGACUUUAUUGGGGCUCCUAACAGGAGAAUGAGUGGGGGGUGCUUACAUGAGCGAGGGGGACUCUUUAAGGCGCCGCACCACCCAAAGGUCCAGCCUGGAUGGUGUGACGUCAUGCAUGAACCGCUGCUGUAUUAAACUGUCUGCACAACUUGUGGACAGCGCCGCUUCCCGAAGAGAACGGUUCCUGCCCGGGCACCCUCGGGGAGGGUCUUGUGAAUCGUGGGACCUUGCAGGCUUCUCAAGCCUUGCAUAUCCUCUCUGCUCCCUGAUCUCCUGGGUCUCCCCCACCCUAC